CAAACCAUCGAGCACGAGAACAAGAUGAUCGAGGAGAGAAACGAGGCUCUGUUGCCGAAGCUGUCCGGCCUGAGCCGCGCGCUGAUCCGCAGCCUGGGCAACAUCAGCCUGCCGCACAUGCAGGAGCCAAUCACGGAGCAGAACUUCGACAGCUACGUGAGCACCCUGACCCACAUGUACACCAACAAGGACCGCUUCCAGAGCGCCGAGAACAAAGCCCUGCUGGAGACCAUCAACAGAGCUGUGAAGGGCAUCAAAGUGUGAGGCAGCGCGGCGGCGCGAAGGACGGGGCGCUACGGGAGACACGUUGAACCGCUCUCCGACACGUUGAAAUACGAUUCAAAAACAAAAAAGGGAAUUCAGGUAUUUUAAAUAAACGCCGACUUGAAUAAGAAAUCAACCCAGGGAGCAGCGGGCCAGAGGAGACGAGCCGCGUGCUGCUGGUCCCCAGAGGACGAGGACGGACACCAGGGACUGUGUGGGGGGGGUGAUGUGCUCUGUGUUUACCUGUUGUCUCUUUUCUGUCCUCAACUGUUUGUGGAUGAGCGGUUGAUCAUGUUUUCGCCUGGAGCACAGGAUCGCCUGAAGCAGCUCGGAGAGGACAGAGACGAGUUGGACGCGCUGCCCUGUAGCGCACAGUGUGUGUGUGUGUGUGUGUGUGUGUGUGAGACACUGGCUGGGGUCUCUGUGGUAUUACUGCGGGCAAAGGUGUCAACAGCACAAUGUUGACCCAUGUAGUGUGUGUGGGGGGGGGCAGGAAGGCCGUGGGGCUGUUUUCAUGGGACUGAUGUGAGGAUUUUAAACAGCAGCAGAUUAAUCCAUUAAUUCCUUUUUUUAUUUUUUUACCUGAGAUAAUAGUAAUUUUGUGCGCACAGCUCAAGUUCCGUUAGUCAUAUCAAUAGUAUUUAUCAACAUAGGAGUUGCACUUCAUCUUAAUGGAUAGUUCUGUGGUACCAUAAUUAUUGUUAUAUAUGAAUUAUUUAAACUUGUGAACUCUUAAAUUGUAACUUAUUGCCAUUUAUGUUAUUGAGGUUUAUUUAUUUGAAGCAAUCUAUUUAUUAACUUUGUUUUGUAACGCGCGCACACACACACACACACACACACACACACACACACUCACACAGCAUCAUCCUUACUGAUUAUCACGGUCAACGCAAAUGUCUCACGUCAAUAUUUUAAGAAUCUAUACAGAUAGCUGACGUGGCGUAUUUAGUUUUGAGUACUUUUUCAAAGCCUUUUUAAGUGCAGAUGUUUUAUAACUGUCUUUGAUAAUUUUACACAGAGCAGGUCAUCUUUUGCUGUUUGUUCCUUGCUUUUCUCUUUUUGUUACUGUUACAUUCAGAACCCCCACGCGGGGCGAAAAAAGAAAGUAUGUAUUUAUUAUUUAUUUAACAUGAAAGAAUUUGACUGACAUGGCUGUGUAUUUAUUUUGUUAUUUAUUUGCGUGAUGUGACGGUUGAGUCCGAGUAGUCUUAAAGACCCACUGCUAAUAUUUAAAUAAAGAAAACGACAUCAUCAAUACAAA